CUGAAACUCGCGAAACAACAUCGGAGUAACGAACCGCUUUCCAACAGGUCUCUACUUUUCCAGCCUACGUUUAUUGAUUUUCUUUCCCACGUAUCUGGGAAGGAAAAUCCCAUCCCGUUAUAUCCAGGCAGUUCGAGCCCUGGGCCAGCGGCGCUAACAAAUGCUCAGGGAAUCCGCUCGGUGCAAUCGAAAUUAUGAAUCCAGUGAAAUGAGUGAGAUAUUUGAUCGGAUUGCCCGAAGAUCGCAGGUUUUUCCCGGCUCAUGUUCGAUGUAAUGGAAGAUAGCGGAAUCGACAGCGGAGACCAUCAUGCCGAUUCCAGAAGGCCGAACGGAAGCGACAGCUCGAGCGCGAGCAGCAGCAAAUCCUUGCCCAGGCCUUCUUCGUCUUCUUCGCGCCAGCUCCACAGGAAACUGGAAACCAGGAUAGAGCACGCCAAAAGGCUGCACCAAGACUACGCUUCCAGCAAUCCCGGUAUUAUCCCGAUACAAAGGCUUCCUAUACCUGGUGCCAAAGACCAGCAGCAACCGCUCGUUCAAUGGGACACCGACGAUAGUGAAGAAGAUGUUGCGAAUUUCUUCCCGCACGCGAGGAAAGAAUCGAAGGUACACCAAGAACUGACUGAUAACUUUAGUAUAGAAGAAAUGAGCAUAUCAGGAGACGAAGAUGAAGAAGAAGACUUACAUUUAGUGCCGCCUACUUCCGUACGCAAGACUUUCAAGUGCUGUCAGUUUACUGUUUGUAAUAUUUUGUAAUUUGUAAUUUAACUAGGAUAAAUUGAUGAAUUUAGAAGGCGUUAUAAAAGGUGUUGAAUAACAGAAAAUGUGUCUUCGUUGUUAAACUCAUAAAUAUUAGAAGCGAAAAUGAUUAAAUAUUUUUUGAAAGAAAUUUAGUGCAGUUAAGUCGAUGUUUAUAGUACAAUUUGGCAUAUUUUAAUACACAUUAGUAUUAAAAUUUAAAUUCAUU